AUGCCGUGUCCAUGUGGUUAGUCUCUUUCCCAUUUUCUUCCUAUUUUCCAUUCGUAUCCCUUUCAGCUUGCAAUAACUGUUCGUGCGGGGCCAACUGCCAAUGCACCACCGAUAAAUGCUGCUGCGAGGAGGAGAAGAAGUCGUGCUGCGGAACGAAGAGCGAGCAGAAGAAGUGAGAGGCAGAAGCCGUCCUUCCCCCAUUCCUGAACUACUAAUUAUCAUACAUUAAAAUGACAUUUUAUCUCCAAAUAAACGUGAUUUGAUAUGGAACACGUGGUUAAUUGCAAUGACACACUAGAGAAAGUUGAUAAGAGACUAACACAAACUAGAGGUGUGACGGGAACCGGGAACUUGCAGGAAAACAUCUCAAAUUCAUAGGCUUUGGCAUUUGUGGUUUUCGAAGAACAAUCAGGAAGUUUGGGUGAGUCAAAGGAUCAGUGAGCGGACCGAUAGAGUGUUUUUAGGGCAUGCGAGAGACCUUAUGA